AUGAACGAGCCGCCCAACCAGGCCACCAGCUCACCAACUCUCGAGCCCCCAAUCGACUUCCCUUCUCCUUCCCUCCGACCAACCACACCGACACCCGCACCACCACAUCCACCUCCACCUACAUGCUGCGAAACCACCAACGCCGAAAUCAACCGCCUCCUCUCCGGCCUCCUCCAACACGUCUUGCAAUCGAACCCACACCUCCUCCCCCCCUUCCCGCACACCACGAAGUACCUGACCAGCAAGCACAUCAACGACAUCGCACACGCCAUGUGGAACGUAGCCUUCACGCACGGCGACCUGCUGCAGCGCGCCUGCCAGUACGGAGCCAUGUUUUCGCCGCUCAAGCUUGCAGCCCUGGCGAAGCUGAAUUUCCUGCCGAGUUGGUGGUUCUUUCGCGAUUUGGCAGUGAAGGGGCUGAAGCAUAUGGGGUGGAACGUCGUGGAUAACGAAAUGGAGGAGACGUGGGAGGAGGCUUUGGAGUGGUGUAUUGAGGUGAGUCGGAGGAAGGGUGAGGGGUCGAAAAAAGAGGAAAAUCAGGGUCGAUAA